AUGCAGAACUGUUUCCACAGUCAGUUUAGUGUGGAUGAGGCUGAGUACGAGGACAUUGAGGAAAACAGGAGAACAUCUGUUGAUGAAGACAGUAUCUAUCUUGGCUGCACACUGUCACGAUCAGUCAACCCUGAAGACUCUGAUUUUCACCACUCUCCUGUUAUCAAGAUGGGCUGGCUGCACAAGACCCCGCCUCAGGGGACCCUUGUUUUCCAGAAGCGUUGGGUGAUGUUGGAUGCACAGUAUCUUCGAUACUUUCAAAAUGAGAAGGGGGUCUACUCAAAGCGGAUCAUAGCCAUACUGUCUGUCACUGAAGUGCUUAAUGUUGGAGGGCAGAAGUUUGAGGUGGUGACAAGGAACAGGACAUUCUUGUUCCGUGCUGAGAACAACACCGUCAGGGAGGAAUGGGUGUCAGUACUGAAAGAGACUAUUCAGCAGCGUUGUAACAGCAUGGAGAUGUCCCUUAUGAACUUCAGUGAUACGAGUGGACAGCGUGCUAGCAGAGUCUCACUCAUUAGUAAGCAAGGAUACCUGGAGAUGAGUGGACUGCGCUCCAAGCUCUAUGUAGUCAUCUGUGCCAACAGUGUCUUCCUCUAUAGGAACGCUGAGGAGCACAGCCAGGGUGUUGGCAUCACCUCCAUUGAGAUGAAUUUGGGUACUGUGAAGGGCACAGACAAACGGUCCUUCAACCUCACCACCUUCUACAGGACAUUCAGUUUUGUGGCCGAGUCGGAGCAGCAGCGGGAGCAGUGGGUUGAGGCCCUGCAGGCCUGUGUCAGUCACUCUCUGUCCAGCAACGCGGUGGCCCAGAAGAUCUGGUCGGAGGAGGCCAACCAGCGCUGUGCAGAUUGUGGCGCCCCCCACCCAGACUGGGCCUCUGUCAACCUGUGUGUGGUCCUCUGCAAAUGCUGUGCAGGGGUGCACAGGGGUCUGGGUCAGAGUGUGUCCAAAGUCCGCAGUCUGAAGAUGGAUGAAAAGGUGUGGACUGAAAAUCAGCUGUUCCUGUUGCUAGGUAACGACAAAGUAAACCUUUUCUGGGCAGCUAACAUUCCACCAAGUGAGAUGCUCUGUCCAUCAAGUGACAGUGAGGAGCGCCAGCGCUUUGUUACUGCCAAGUACUGCCAGGGGAAAUACCGCCGCUACCAUGCACUGUUUGGCCAACAGGAAGCCCUCAACAAAGCUCUGUGCAACACCAUUCAGACAGGUGAUGUAUUGGAGACUCUGUCGCUGGUGUUCUGUGGAGCAGAUGUGAACUGUUAUACAGGUGAUCCAGAGCUGCCCAGCCCUGUUUCCAUUGCCCAGCACUAUGGACAGACACUUCAGGUGGAGUUCCUCACUCACAACCACAACACAGAGCUCCCAGGGUCAAGGGCUGGAGAUCACACAAUCUUAGAGGCUGCUCUCCCCAUCUCACACACUGGUUAUCUGUUCAAGACUGCCUCCUCAACACGAGCAGUUACAGAGCGCAAAUCUAAAGGAGAUUUUAGUCGUCGCUGGUGCUCUUUGAACCAAGGUAACUUUAGCUACUAUGAGAGUGAGAAGAGCUCCAGCCAGAGUGGACAGAUGAAGAUGAGUGAUGUCCUUUGUCUGGUGGUCAAUCCCCAAGGGAAACAUGGUUAUGGUCAUUCCUUUGAGCUGUACCAUGACUCUGGGAGAGUCUACCUGUUUGGAGAGGAUUCCCCUGACACGGUGAGGGAGUGGAUCAAGGCCAUUGGCAAGGCCCUGGUCCCCCCUGUAGCAGAGGACCUGGUGGGCUGGUCCUUUGAGCGGGUGGGCCGGCUGCGCUACACUGCGGGCCAGAGCUUCCAUUGUCCUUGCCUGGGCUGGUUCUCCCUGGGGGGCUCCAGACUGCUCCUCCUCCUCCACGGAGAAGACCACGCGGAUAACAUCGACCUGCGAAAACUACAGGAGCUCUCCGUGGAGCAAGAAGCUGCUGCUGUGGUGCUGGUGGACAGAGGCAGGAGGCUGCGUUUGGAGGGGGACAGGAGGCCUGACUUCCAGGGCUGGCUGAGUGGCAUCCAGCAGGGCUUAGGGAGAGGAGACGGCCCCCUGGACCAGCAGCAGCUUACUGAGACAGAAGUCCCUGUCAUCGUGGACUGCUGCAUUAGCUAUAUCACACAGCAUGGUUUGAAGUCAGAGGGCAUCUAUCGGAGGUCUGGUGUGAACUCUAAGAUCGCCGCCCUGCUGUUCUCUCUCCGCCAUGACCCCCGUCAGGUUCGUCUGAGUGAAGGGGAGCGCCAGGUGGAUAAUGUGGCCAACGUCCUGAAGAGGUUCCUCAGGGAAGUGGGAGAGGGGGUUUUCAAUGGCCAUCAGGCCUCUCUGCCAUGGCUCCAUACCACUACUGUCAGUGAGAGAAGAGAGAGAGUGUCCCAGUACAAGGCCCUCCUCCACAGCCUCCCCCUAGUCAACAGAGCCACUCUGGGGGCUGUCAUCAACCACCUCUACUGCGUCCAGUGCUUUGCAGAUGAGAAUCAGAUGAACAUGCACAACCUGGCCAUUGUGUUUGGUCCCACGCUCUUCCAGACGGACGGCACUGAUAACAGCGCAGGACAGGUGGUAGAGGAGCUCAUCCAGAACUACCAGGAUAUCUUCAAUGUGAAUGCCGAGCAGCUUCAGAAGCAGCUGGACAUGAUCUCUCAUGUCAUCAAAGCACAAGAAGAACACACCGAGGAGGGGACCCCGUCACCUCUCACCAUCUGUGGGGUUUACCUGGAGAGGAAGGAGGAGGGCUCUGAGCUGCUGGUUCAGAUCUCCCAGGCAGUGAGUGCUGAGGAGCUAGUGUGUGAGGUCCUGAGACGCGGGAACAUCCCUACACAACAGGGGGAGUAUUGGAGCUGCUUCCUGGUCAACGACAACCAGGAGAUGGAGCGUCCAUUGCACUACCAGGAACGAGCGCUGGCCAUCUAUUUCUCUCUGGGUAAAGACUGUCACCUGGUGGUCAGGAGGAACUGCUACAUGGAUGCCAUGUUAAUCUACAUAGCUGGCAUGGUAGACGUGUCCAGAAACAGCAUGAUUAAGUUCAGGGAUGAGAAGGGUCAAAGGGGGAAGAGAACCUUCAGCAGACGCCUCUGUGUACUCGAUGGCACCUCUCUCAGGCUCUACAAAGAAGUAAAGAGUACUCAGCCUGAGAGGGAAUGUCAAGUCCAUGCUCUGAAAGUCUACUAUGGCAUCAAGAAGAGGCUACAGCCACCAUCAUGCUGGGGGAUGACUGUAGUGUGUGAGCAGGCAGAACGAGACAAACAGCAGUGGUACCUGUGCUGUGAAUCAAAGAACGAAUUGAUCGAGUGGCUGGCCACUUUUAUGAACCUCCAGUGGUUGAUUUGA